AUGCUGAACACCACUCUUGACACGGGUACUGUUCGAGCGACGCUGAAGACCACGCCCCUAAUGGAAGCGGUCCGCUUCCAUGGACCGCGCGACAUCCGGGUUGAAACAAUAGAUGAGCCCGUUUGUGGCAAAGGGCAAGUAAAGAUCCGACCAGCUUUCGUCGGACUCUGUGGCAGUGACAUACACGAGUAUACUGGGGGUCCUGUAUUGAUACCUCAAGAACCACAUAAUAUUACCGGACGCUCGUGGCCAGUGACACUUGGUCAUGAAUUCAGCGGUAUCGUCCAUGAAGUCGGAGAGGGAGUAACGAAUGUGUCUCCAGGACAGCGGGUCGUCGUACGUCCCACCAUCUUUGACCGGCAAUGCACAGCAUGCAAACGUGGCUAUGAGUACUGCUGCGAGAACAUAGGGUUUAUUGGCCUUUCCGGGUACGGUGGCGGGUUGGCAAAGUACCAUGUUGCACCGGCAGAACACUUCUACCCAAUCCCUGACAACGUAUCUCUUGAAGUGGCAGCCUUGAUCGAGCCAUUGGCGGUUGCCUGGCAUGCCGUUAAUUUAUCACCAUUCAAGAUGGGCGAUAAUGUCAUGGUGGUAGGCGGUGGGCCAGUUGGGAUCGGCAUUGUACAGGUGUUGAACUUGCAAGGCGCCAAGAACAUCAUGGUAUCAGAGCUUUAUGAGAAGCGCAGGAGGUUUGCGAUUGAAUACGGUGCUACGCAUGCCUUUGAUCCGGGCCAGGAGGAUGUGACGCAGAGGGUCAUGGAAAUGACGGACGGUGUGGGCGCCGAUGUCAUCUUUGAUGUCGCGGGUGUGGAAAAGGCAUUGAACGGCGCCAUCAGUGCGUGUCGCACACAUGGUACAAUCAUUAAUGUUGCUGUGUGGGAGAAGAAACCCGCAAUUCCCGUGAACGACUUAAUGUACAACGAAGUCAAUUAUACCGGGUCAGCAUUGUACGACGAAGGCUCCUUCGAAGCCGUUAUCAAGGCUCUUGGAUAUGGUCAAUUGAAACCAGAAAAGAUGGUUACGUCGAAAAUAAGGUUGAAUGAGACGGUGGAAAGGGGAUUCCAGACCCUGGUCAACGACCGUGAGGAUCACUGCAAGAUCCUAAUCGAUGUGCAGGCAUAA